AUGGCGUGGGUCAUGGACCCGAAACGACAGCACGCCCGGCUCGACCACCUGCUCCAGACAAAAGCUUUCGAGGACGUCAACCUCCAGCCUAGCAUGACUACCCGCGAGUAUGCCCGCAAGGCCCUGAAGAGGUGGUACAAGUGGAAUGAGGGCUGCAAGGUCGUUCAACAAGCACGCAAGCCGAGUAGCUGCCGCGACGAGCCCUUGUUUGGGUUGGUGGGUGAGGUGCGGGCGCCAAGACUAGAAUGCCCUUUGUUUGUCCAGAAGGCUGAUGAAUAUGAAUUCGAGCUUCGCCCACAACUUGUUGUUUUCUUCACAACAACGACGCUGACCCCCUCCCGAGACAGAUACAAAAACACAACGAACGAUUUGAUUUCCAAUUUGAAGAUGCCGGUUCCCCCUCCUCCCGGCGCCCUCACUGUGGCUUUCCGCCAGCAGUGUAUGCGCUGCGUGCGUGCCAAAGGGCGCAAGAAGGACGGAGAUCCCGCCGUCUCGUGUGUGUGGAGCUUGGAAAGCUCCAAGUGUGAGCGCUGCGUGGCCCAACACGCAACGUGUGUUCCGAUCUCCUGGUUUGCUGGCCCGGAGUACCAGAAGCUCCUGGCUGCCGAGGCAGCAACCCCUCCCGUCCCCGCCGCCAUCAAGGCCGCUGCGGCGGAGAUUGGGCGUGUGGUCACAUUGGCCACCGCCAAUAUGCCGAAGUUCCGCUCCCCGGCCGAGCUUUCGGCCUAUAUGGAGAGUUGCGCCCUCCGCGCCGCCAUCGAGGACGGCCUGGAGCGGGUCCGCCAGGCCGUGGCCGUCGUGGGCCAGAAAUCGGCCCUGAUCCUGGUGAACCAGGAGAAGGAGAUCGCUGCCCUUGAUGGGGUGGCUUCUGCGGUGGAUGCGGUGGGGGAGUUGGUGGAGAGGAUCCCCGACGUCCUCGCCGCGGCGGCGAAGGUGGGCAGUGGUGGGGGGAAGAAGAGGAAGAGGGGGGCGGAGGAGGUGGCGGAGGAGGGGGUGACCGUCGACCUUGGGUGA